AUGAGUUACAACGGGAUCGGUCUCCAGACCACGCGCGGUUCCGGGACGAACGGAUACGUCCAGACGAACAAGUUCCAUCGCUCCGCGUCGCGUUUGGAGCGCAAGGAGUGGAAAGACCUCAAGGAGAUCCACGGCGAGGGCGGCCGCGGAGGCGCGAAGAAGCCGUGCGAGGACAUCUUAGAGCACAAUCGCAAGCGAGAGAUCGAGCGGAAGCUCGUCGAGCUCGAGGAUGACUUGGAAGAGCGAGGGAUCGCCCGGGAGGAGAUCGACGAGAUGCUCAAGGACGCGCGGGCGAAGUACGAGAGAGAGAGCGAGCGCAAGAAGGGCGCGGGCGCGAGGAGGGCCGACGAGACGCACGCGAUCGCGGCGAGGAAGGCGGAGAAGAUGGAGUCCCUCCGCAAGGCGUUCGGGUUCAGCAAGGACAGGGCGGAGAAGGAGGGCGACGCGUUCGAUCGCGAUCUUCAGGAGGACCUGAAGCGCCGCCGCCGCGAGGACCGCGACGAAGCGCUCCGAGAGAAAGAGGCGAACCGCGUGAAGGAGGCGAAACGUCGCGAGAAGGAAGCGAAACGUCGCGAGAAGGAGCGCAAAGAGGCGAUCAAGCUGAGAGAGAGAGAGGAGAAGCGCGCGCUGAAGGAGAAGAAGAAGCUCAAGAAACUCGGCGUCGACGUCGACGCGCGGCUGUCCGCGAAGCAGGCGGAGGAGGAGCUCGCGCGCAUCGAAGAGGAGGAGCGACGCCGCGGCAGGGGGAGGUCGAGGUCGAGGUCGCGGUCGAGGGGUGGACGGCGGACGGGGGAUCCACGGGAUUCGAGCGCGCCGCCGCGCCGGAGCCGGAGCCGAUCGCGCGACCGGUCGCGCGGCGGCGGCGGCGGCGGCGGCGGCGGGCGAUCUCGGAGCCCCGCGCGCGGACGCGGGAGAAGCCGAAGCCGAAGCCGAAGCCGAUCGCGCGACCGGUCGCGCGGCGGCGGCGGCGGCGGCGGCGGCGGGCGAUCUCGGAGCCCCGCGCGCGGACGCGGGAGAAGCCGAAGCCGAAGCCGAAGCCGAAGCCGAAGCCGGAGCCGGAGCAGAAGCGCCCCCCCCCCCGCGAGGCGGCGCGGCCGCUCCCGCUCGCGGUCGCCGAGCGACCGCCGAGACCGCCGGAGCCCCAAGCGCGCGCGCGUCGGCGGGGGCGACCGCGACGGCGACCGCGGGCGGGUCCCGCCGCCGCCGCCGCCGCCCGGGGCGAACAGGGACGGCGGCGGGCGUGGAGGGGAUAGGAGGAGGAGGGGACGCUCCAGGAGCUCCUCGAGCGGCGGCUCGUCGUCGUCGUCGUCGUCGUCGUCGAGCGGCGGCGACAGCCGGUCGAGGUCGUAG